AUUAUUAUUUUUUUAAAAAUCGGGCCGAAAAACAGGCAAUCACUUGAGAUAGGACGGAAGGAGUAUCAAUUUUCAGUAUAUUGGGACUCUAAUGUUAUGAAAUAUUGCUAUACACAAAUGCAUAUUGUUAUUGUAUGAAACUUUAAAAUCUUUCGAUAUACAAAAAAAUGAUACUACUAUUUUUUUGUGUUUUUCAGUUCGAAUAUACUCCCUCUGUCCAUAAAAAAUAGAAUAUAUUUGCCAUUUUUAAUUGUCCAUAAAAAAAUAGAGCAUAUUUAAUAAAGGAAAGUUUUUAACAACUUCUCUCUUACUUUUUUUCCUACUCUCUUAUUAAUAAUAUGGAUCAUACAUUCCACUAACACUACUUCUCUCUUACUUUUUUUUCCCUUCUAUUUUACUUUAUCAAUUCCACAUUAAAGCAUGUAACAUUCAUAAUGCGUUCUAUUUUUCGUGGACGGAAGAGAGAGUAUAUGAAAUGUGAUACAUCAAUUUCAGUUGAAAUUGCACGAACAGCGGGGGUAAGUAACUGGAGGCAAAAUAAAUCUUUAAUGACUAGUAUCAUUCCACCUCGGCAUUAUUCUGUAAACAAGCCCAGUGCUGUUUCCGCCCACUCUUAGCUCGUGAAAUCGUUAUUUUCCGGCGUCGAAUAGAAAAACCGGCGGAGUAAAGACAUUCGGAGAUGCAAUCCUCCACGGUGACAUUAUGCACCGCCGUUUCUCCUCUGGCGAUAAAUUGCGCUUCAUUCAGACCGUUGAGAAUCGUCAAUUUUAGAACUCCUGCUUUGAUUUCUAGUGUCGAUUUUAUCGGCGAUGACCGGAGUAAACGACGUAGUCUGUCUAUUUCUAGUAGAUGCGCGCGGCGGUUGCGUUUGAAUCGAAAUUUCAUUUCUAGUACCACUGCCGCAGCUGGCGGCGGCGGCGGUGGUUCCGUUUCGGAGCUGAACGACGGCGCUAGGAAACUACUGCAGGUUAUUCUGUGGAUAGCUGAGGCUGUUUAUAUCGUUUGGCUCUUCUUACUUCCCUAUGCUCCUGGGGAUCCUGUCUGGGCCAUUAGUUCAGACACAAUCAGUUCUCUGAUAGGCCUUUCACUCAAUUUCUUCUUUAUUCUGCCUUUGACAAACUUAGUCGGUAUUCAUCUCAUCGAGGCACCAGUUCUCCAUCCAAUGUCUGAAGGAUUAUUCAACCUUGUUAUUGCGUGGACGUUGAUGUUUGCUCCUCUGCUUUACACUGAUAAACUGAGAGACAGAUUCAAGGGAUCAAUUGAUGUAUUAUGGGGCUUUCAGAUGUUUCUCACAAACACGUUCUUGAUUCCUUACAUGGCAAUACGUCUGAAUGUAGCUCAAGAGGACGACACUCCAAGAAAGACUUCUCAACUUGGUUCAGUCAUGACAAACGGAGCAGCCAUUGUUGGACUCACUGGUGGGCUUGUAAGCGUGCUGUCAAUAGUUUGGGCCUUUUACGGUCGAGGAGAUGGUAAUUUUGGUGAUUUGGGAGAAAGACUCGAGUUUCUGCAAAGCUAUCUCGGAUCUGAGAGACUCGCCUAUGCCUUCAUCUGGGAUAUCUGCCUGUACCUAGUUUUCCAGCCAUGGCUGAUUGGCGACAACCUCCAAAACAUCCGACAAGACAAAGUUGCUUCGGUUAAUCUUCUCAGAUUCGUCCCAGUAGUCGGCCUAGUCGCCUAUUGCCUCUGUUUAGACACCGGCAAAGAGACAUAGCCUUGUAUACUAGAUUUGUUACUAAUGCUUU